AAUCCGGUUAGGUUAAUAAUUAAUUGGACGCUGAAUCAAUGAGACUCUCCGUCACCGUCACCGUCAAAGCCACUAAGCCGUCGUCUCUCGUCACUUGGAUCCGAUACUCCUCCGCCGCAUCGUCGCCGAUAGUCUCCUUGAAUCCAUGUGGACGAUUACAGCAAACUCUCGCGGGAUCUGUGGAAGUGAAAGGAAAAUCUCUGCACUCCGGUAAGUUCUCGACGGUGAAGCUAAUUCCGGAGAUCGCCGGAGCUGGUAGAUACUUCGAGUUUCGGUCCAGUUUCAUUCCUGCGUCGAUUGAAUUUGCUCAGGAAUCGCCUCUUUGCACUACGCUGUUGAAAGAUGAGCUCAAAAUCCGAACCGUUGAGCAUUUGUUAUCAGCUCUUGAGGCGAAGGGAGUUGAUAAUUGCAGGAUUCAAAUCGAAAGCGAAAGUUCAGAUGAUCGAGAAGUCGAGGUCCCUAUUUUUGAUGGAUCAGCUAAAGAAUGGGUCAAUGCGAUACAAGGAGUUGGCUUAAAGGUGGCUCAAAACCAUGUUGGUGAAAGUGUGGAGAAGAUGGUCGCACAUGUGAACAAGCCUGUGUAUGUUUGCAAGAACGAUUCUUUUGUCGCUGCAUUUCCGGCUUUAGAGACUCGGAUCACUUGUGGUAUCGACUUCCCACAGGUGCCUGCUAUAGGCUGCCAAUGGUUUUCUUGGAGACCUAUCCAUGAGUCUUCCUUUGCAAGGGAUAUCGCACCAUCGAGAACCUUCUGUGUAUAUGAAGAGGUGGAGCGCAUGCGUGAAGCAGGGCUCAUUAAAGGAGGUUCUCUGGAUAAUGCCAUCGUUUGUAGCGCCGAGCAUGGAUGGAUGAAUCCUCCUCUACAGUUUGAAAAUGAAGCAUGUCGCCACAAGAUCCUUGACCUAAUCGGUGACCUCUCCCUUGUAGCACGAGGCGGAAAUGGAGGACUCCCUGUGGCUCACAUAAUCGCAUUUAAGGCGGGUCAUGCACUGCACACUGACUUAGCACGUCAUCUUACCAUCGACUGAAGAGUAUGUGCUCGUUGUCAACCAUAUUGAAGUUUUGAUUCCUCCUGCUUUUCUUUUUCUGGUUUAGUAAUCUAAAGAUCGAACCAAUAUGGUUUUUUUUAGCUCAAUCGAAUUUCAUUACUCUGAAUACAUUAAUUGUUGAACA